AUGCCGCACUCUCGAACUAUGAAAGUAGCGGUGCUGGCCCUCGUGGUCGCCAUGGGUGACGCCUUCGUUGCCCCGACUCCUCGCGCUAACAACCGGCCGACAACGAGGACGGACCGACGCGUGGAGACUUCUGCCGUUGCGCCUCUCAACAUUGCCGGGUUCUCGUUCAGCAGCAUCACGGACUUCUUUACCAGUAACCGUGAAGGGGUGACCAGCCUGCCCCAAGACCCAAAGGCCGACCAGGCUCAUCGCAAGGAGCAGCUGGAGGAGAGGAAGAAAGAGUAUAGGUGGAGCACCGAGGGCCCCCCGGAGGGGACGCCGUACUUGGAAGGUUUUCCUCCCGAUGACGAACUCCCCUCGGUGGCGUGGACAACGGACCUCGUUGCCAGCGUUCUGAAGAUCGCGGUGGGAACCCUAAGGGGAAGUUUGGGUGCCGGCGAGAUCAUGGAGGCCCUCACGGACCCCGCGAAGGCGAAGACGUUCGCGACCAGGGUCAGGGAGCUUAUCAGGGAAAACUUCGCCAUCGACGAGAGGCCCGCCGACAUCGGGGAUUACCAAGAUCUCCACGCCUUCCCGAUCAAGAACCCUAAGUCAAUGUACGACUGGCAAGACGACGAGGCUUUCGCCCGCCUCCGCCUACAGGGCGGGAACUGUGUCGUUCUGGAGAAGUGCACCCAGUCCACUCGUGAGAAGCUCAAAGUCCUCGAUUCGGACCCCGUCUACAAAAAACUUAAGUCCAAGGUGGACUCCUUGAUGGACGAAGGAAAGCUCUUCGUCGUCGACCACGAGCUCCUUAAGGACAUGGAAGCCUACCCCAUAGAGGGUGUCGAGAGGUACCUCACCCCAAGCGUGGCCCUGUUUGAGGUGAUCGACGACGAUCUCCUUCCCAUCAGACCCAUCGGCAUCCAGGUCGUGUCUCACCUCGGCAACACGCACGUCGUGCUUGAGGCCCCGAUGGUAGCCGUGAACCGCUGCCUCCCUAAGGAACACCCUGUGUACGACCUCCUCAAGCCCCACAUGGAGGGGACCGCCCUUAUCAACUGGGGAGCGCAGAAUCUGCUCAUUCAGCCGGACAACGCCGUGGACAUUCUCCAGGCGAACGACAUCGAGUCAUCAUGGGACUUAGUUCUCGAGCAGGUCCUCAAGCGCAUCGCCGGAGACUUCUCCCCCGAGGCCGACUUCGCCUCCCGUCAGAUCACCAAGGAGGACUUCCCCGGGCGCUACCCUUACCGCGACUACGGCAUGCGGUACUGGGAAGCGACGCACACUUGGGUCAAGGAGUACCUUGACAUUUACUACAAGAGCGACAAGGACGUGGAGGAAGACUACGAGCUCCAGGCGAUGAUCGAGGAGCUGGUGGACAUCGGCAAGGUGUACUGGCUGAAGGAUUACUACACCACCGACGACAAAAAGGCUUUAAUCGCCAAGGUGAUCGCGAGCUGGAUCUACUCUGCGAGCACCCUCCACGCCGCGGUCAACUUCCCCCAAAAGCCGUCCAUGUCGUUCGUGCCCUCCUGCCCCGGUUCCGUCUACGCCCCUCCUCCCAUCGACAAGAGGGAGAGGACGUUCGACGAAUUCAUGAACUACCUGCCCCCCAUGGAAAUCGCCACCAUCCACGUGGCCAUCCUCACUUUGCUUGGAGACAUCUUCCACACGAAGCUUGGUCAGUACGAGACACACAAUUUCGACGAUGACCGUAUCGCCGAACCCCUCGCCAAGUUCCAGCAAGCGAUCGAGGACAUCGAGGACGACUUGGUUGCCGACAACGCCGACGUGGUGUCCGGUUGGCGCGGAAGGGGUAAGGCCGGGAAGGUCGCCAACAACAUGGCCUACACCACCCUACUGCCCGACAACAUCCCCCAGUCCAUCAACAUUUAGGGUAAUUGAAAGUCAAGACUUCGGGUCCAAACGAAAUGGUGCACAUUGUAAUGCCACCGAGCGCACCGGCCAUGUGCUACCCAUCCGUGAGUUAGUCUUAAGCGCGGACACUGAGGUCUGCAGCACAUCAGUUGGAGAGUGCAUCACCAACAUACGGGAAGCUGCAAGCCGCUCAUGAUCGUAUCUUAUAAUCGGCACGCUGCGUGCCGCUCGGUUGCUCGGGGUGCCCAAGGGUUGUUGCUCGUUGUGGCGGAGCUUGUUGCCCCCUAUCGCUCGUUUGCCGAAGUCCGCACAGCUGCAACUUUGCUGCCUGGCAAUAUUUCUAUGUCGAACGGAGUGUGCAACCGAAAAGAGGCCACUAUAGUUGAAAGAGUCGGUUUUUAAGGGUGGGUGUUGUCCCGGGUCAGUUGGUUGUAGGCAAACGUUUGUUUUUGAGAAGAGAAAGGCAGCGCUUGCGAUUUCUUAUUUGUUGGGUGACUAUUCAGCAGUGCCUGGUGUUUUGUGUUGAGCGGGGGUAGAGAAAAAGUGGCAUGUCGCAACGGCAUAUAUAUGUGAAGUGC